ACCAAACACCGCUAUAUAAGCUGCCACAACUCCAUAGAAGCAAAACCGGGCGGCCAACCUAAAACCCUAAUUUCCCAGAGGUAAGAAGAAUAAAUGGCUGUUCCCCUUUUAUGUAAGAAAAUCGUGAAGAAGAGAGUCAAGAAGUUCAAGAGACCCCAGAGCGAUCGCAAAAUCUCCGUCAAGGCAAAUUGGCGGAGACCAAAGGGUAUUGAUUCUCGUGUAAGAAGAAAGUUCAAAGGAUGCACUUUGAUGCCCAAUAUUGGUUAUGGUUCUGACAAGAAGACACGUCACUAUCUUCCGAAUGGCUUUAAGAAAUUUGUUGUGCACAAUGUUGGAGAGCUUGAACUGUUGAUGAUGCACAACAGGACAUACUCUGCUGAGAUUGCCCAUGAUGUUUCCACAAAGAAGAGAAAAGAGAUCGUGGAACGAGCAGCACAGCUUGAUAUUGUUGUCACUAACAAACUUGCUCGGUUGCGAAGCCAGGAGGAUGAAUGAAAGCUUAAACUUUAAAAUGCACUUGCCGGAGUAUGGUUGCGUUGAUGAUUUUCGUUACCGAAUGAAAUAAUGACUGUUUAAGCUUGCAUUGUAUGUAAACAUUUCAUCUGUCAGCUUCUUUUGUGUCAACAUAUGUAUACAUCGCCAUCACUCGGUAGAAAUGAUCUUUGAUAUCCCAUAUUCUUCAUGCAAUUGCAAGAAAAUUCGUUCA